AUGGCUCCAAUCGCAAAGAGGCGUCGCAUCAGCCCAGAGGUCGAGUCACCUCCNCAAACCACGAAAAAUGGCAUUUCUUCCGAGGAGAAAAUCGAGGAUUUUUACCGUAACGCUGCUGGAUGGGAUCUAGAACAGGACUACGAAAACCGACCGCGUAACCUGAAGAAAAAGAAGGAAGAGACAAGACUGCCAAUCAAGACUUCGGAAGGUUGGGUUGAACAGACUCCUGCUGCCGUCGAAGAGAAAGAAGAGGAUGCCGACAGUUUCUUGGGAAGUGGUGAUGAGGACGAGGCUGUAGACGAUGACGAUCAAGAGGACGAGGAACAGGAGGAGCCAGAAGUGCCACAGAUCUCGCCGCGCGAACAGAUUCUUCAAGCCAAGGAGGAGCUCGCUCGUGUUGCCAGCUUGAUUUCAGAGGACCCGGAAGAACAUAUUGGCCAACUCAAGAAGCUGCAAGUCCAUGCGAUAUCCCAGAACCGAACCGUCGUCAAGCUUUGCAUGGCCACACAACUCGCCAUCUACCGCGAUAUUAUCCCCGGCUACCGUAUUCGUCCCGUGUCCAAGGAAGAGUUGAAGCAGAAGCUAUCAAAGGACGUCCGCAAACUGCGCAACUUCGAACAAAUGCUUGUUGGCGGCUACCACGAGUAUGUCAAGUCUUUGACAAGAGCUGCCAAAAAGAGUGGUGACAAGGACAAGGAGGCUGCUUCUGUAGCUGCCGUCGCCAUCUCUUGCGCUUGCACUCUCCUCAACACUGUUCCCCACUUCAACUUCCGUGGCGACCUCAUCAACAUCUUGGUCGGUAGACUCAGCGUCAGGCAGGUCAACCCGGACUUUCACAAAUGCGUCGAAUGCUUGGAGACAUUAUUCCGUGACGAUGAGGAUGGAAACGCCUCACGCGAGNNGGCUGUCGACUUGCUUUGCAAGAUGAUGAAAUCGCGAAACUACAAUAUCCACGAAUCCGUGCUGAACACCUUCUUGCAUUUGCGACUUCUUUCCGAGUUUGCUCACAGAAGCAGUAGCACACGCACUGACAAGGACGAGGAUCAGCCGGCCGUGAAACAAAAGCAGAAACGAGAGUUCAGNAACGAAAAAGAGAGGAAACGUCUACGUGAAGUCAAGGGUGUUGAAAAGGAGCUCAGAGAAGCCGAUGCUACAGUUUCGCAUGAAGAGCGUGACAAGAACCAGUCAGAAAUGCUGAAGUUGGUUUUCGUUGCUUACUUCCGCAUUCUUAAGCAACGAGUUCCUCAACUGAUGGGUGCUGUACUGGAAGGUCUUGCUCGCUAUGCCCACCUUAUCAACCAGGACUUCUUCGGCGAUAUUCUCGAAGCUCUCCGCGAGCUUGUCAUCUCUACCGAAGCUGCCGAGCAAGCGCUUGCUGAAGAAGACGAAGACGCCUCUACUGCACCAAGAAACAUCAACCGUGAAUCCCUGCUUUGCAUUAUCACAGCAUUCGCCCUUCUUCAGGGUCAAGAUGUUGUCAAGAGUGUCGGCUCUUUGCAUCUGGAUCUUGAAUUCUUUAUCACCCACCUCUACAAGACGCUCUUGCCAUCAUCAAUGAACCCCGAUCUGGAGCUGAGUGCCAAAUCUCUGCGCUUGAGGGAUCCAGACGGUAAUGACGAUGAAGCUCUCCUACCUCAGCAGGCCAAGCACAAGAUCAACGUUCAAACGACAACCGUGUUGCUCCUUCGUUCGUUAUCAUCAGUCCUGCUACCACCACAGAAUUUGCGCUCCGUUCCUCCGCUCCGUCUCGCUGCUUUUGCCAAACAACUUCUUACAAUCUCCNNCUUACAGCUACCUGAAAAGUCAUGCCUAGCCAUGAUGGGUUUAUUACAGCAAGUAGCUAAGGUGCAGGGCAANAAGAUCGCAGCAUUAUGGUACACAGAAGAGAGAAAGGGAGAUGGUGUUUUCAAUCCUCUGAGAGAAGAGGUAGAAGGAAGCAAUCCUUUCGCAACGACGAUCUGGGAAGGUGAAUUGUUAAGGAUGCAUUUCUGUCCUCAAGUCCGAGAGAGCAUUGUCGCACUCGAGAAGGGAGUCGUUUCCUCAAGAUCGUAA